GUUCAGUCUGCACACAGCCGCUCUCUCUCAGUCUCAGUCUCUGUCUCACUCUCUCUUUCAGUCUGUUUACCUCGCCUGUCUCUCUCUCUGUCAGGAUGGACCUGUUUUGUUAUGGAUUAUUGAUUAUUGUGUUUCUGCUGCAGAUCGACUGUUUACACUCAGUUUACAUUACUGACAACACAGAUUCUCUCCAUCAGGUUCUGUCAGAGUUCAGUGUCGUUCGUCCAAUCAGGACCAACCCAGAGGGGCUCUUCCUGUUAGCCUCUGUCUCCGCCCACCACCAACCCCGGAUUAAAACACACUCUGCAGAGGACACGCCCACCGACACAAGAAGAAACAAAAGACAGGCUCCCACAGACUCAUCACACCAGGCCCCGCCCAUAGAAACGUCACCGCCCAGCUGGAGGGGGCGGGGUUACGCAGCUGAGGAGGCGGAGCUUUUCUACAAUGUGACAGUGUUCGGUCAGGAGCUCCACCUGCGGCUGCGUCCGAACUCUCGUCUCGUUGCCCCCACCGCCACCAUGGAGUGGUGGGAGGAGUCAGGACACAAACACUCUCAGCCAAUAGGAGACACAGGCUGCCUCUACACAGGAGAGGUGUCCAACAUGGAGGACACGGCGGUUGCCAUCAGCAACUGUGACGGUCUGGCCGGGAUGAUCCGGAUGGGUCAGGAGGAGUUUUUCAUCGAGCCGUUGGAUCAAAGGAGGACAGGAGAAGAAGAUGAAGAUGAAGAUGAGGAGGAAGGAGGACGGCAACACAUUGUUUAUCGUUCUUCAGCCAUCAUCAAGAAACAACUGGCUGUCAAUCAAACUGCUGAUGACUUCCUCCGAGGUCCUCUUUUAGGUUCUCUAAACCUGAUCCAGAAUGUGUUGUGGUCAAGAUCUGGCUCAGCUCGACGACGGCGCUACAUUGAAGAGGCUGAACUAUUUAACAUCGAGGUUUUGUUAGCUGUGGAUUAUUCUGUUCUUCUUUUCCACGGCCGAGACCACAUUCAGAAAUAUCUUCUGACUCUCAUGAACAUAGUUAAUGAGAUCUAUCAGGACCAUUCUCUGGGCGCCAACAUCAACGUUGUUCUGGUCAGAAUCAUCAUGUUGUCGCCAGCAAAGUCCCUGGAGAUGAUCUCUUUGGGGAAUGCCCAGAAGAGUUUGGAGAACGUUUGUGGAUGGUCGUAUCUCCAGCAGAGGGAGCAGAGUCACGCCGAGCAGCACGACCACACCAUCUACCUGACCAGGCAGGAGUUCGGCCCCUCCGGCAUGCAGGGUUAUGCUCCAGUUAAAGGAAUGUGUCAUUUGCAUCGGAGUUGCGUCCUCGUUUUUGAGGACGGUUUUUCCUCUGCCUUUGUAGCUGCCCAUGAAACAGGACACGUCUUAGGGAUGGAGCAUGACGGUGAGGCCAAUGAUUGUGCUGAUGAUGUGCCGUUGGGCAGCAUCAUGUCUCCACGGGUUCAGGCCACCUUCCAUCGAUACCACUGGUCCAGAUGCAGCUGGAGGGAGCUGCACCAGUACCUGCAUACCUAUGACUGUCUCCGUGAUGACCCGUUCAACCAUGAUUGGCCGGCUCUGCCUCAGCUGCCAGGGUUUCAGUACUCUAUGGAUCAACAGUGUCGCUUUGACUUCGGACCAGGAUACAGUCUCUGUACUGUAUACACAACACUUGAGCCCUGUAAACAGCUGUGGUGCAGCGACUACAACAACCCGUUCUACUGUAAGACCAAGAAAGGUCCACCACUCGAUGGGACAAAGUGUGGACCGGGGAAGCACUGUUUUAAGGGUUUUUGCAUGAGGUUGACCCCUGACAUGCUGAGACAAGAUGGCGGCUGGGCAACCUGGAGUCCAUUUGGCAGCUGCUCCAGGACCUGUGGGGGUGGGGUCAGGUUUCGGGCCAGGCGCUGUGACAACCCAGCUCCAGCCAACGGGGGGCGUACCUGCUUCGGAAACAGUUAUGAGUUCCAGCUGUGCAGUCAAGAAGAGUGUCCACCACUGACUGACUUCAGGGAGGAUCAGUGUAAAGUCUGGAAUCCAUUUUAUGAACACGAAGGAAGCAAACAUCACUGGCUGCCGUACCAACACCCUGACCCUGAUGAGCGCUGUCGUCUGUACUGUCAGUCAAAGGAAACAGGCGCCGUGGUUUCCAUGAACAGAAUGGUGCAUGAUGGGACGCCAUGUUCCUACAGUGAUGCCCACAGCGUCUGCGUCCGAGGAGAGUGUGAGCAUGUAGGUUGUGAUGGACAGAUCGCUUCAGACCAGCAGGAGGACCGAUGUGGUGUCUGUGGAGGAGAUAACUCCAGUUGUAAGAUCAUCAAAGGAAACUUCACCCGCAGCACCAAGAAACAAGGUUACUUGAAAAUCCUGGAGAUCCCCAAAGGAGCCCGACAUCUGCUGAUCCAGGAGUUCAAAGGGACUCCUCACAUCCUGGCGGUGAAGAACCAGGAGACAGGUCACCUAUUCCUCAACGAUGAAGACGAGCUCCCAGAAUCCAGAGUGGUGAUUGAGAAGGGGGUGGCGUGGGAGUACAGCAACACUGAGGAGCAGGAGUCCAUCCAGACCCCAGGGCCACUGAAAUACGGAGUCCUGCUCAUGGUCCGUCCCCAUGGCGACUCCAAGGUGACGGUGUCCUAUAAGUACAUCAUCCAGGAUCAUCUCCGGUCCUCGCUGGAGUCCAACGUGGUGCAAGAGGACGCCAUCUUCUACGAGUGGGCACUGAAGAAGUGGUCACAGUGCUCCAAACCCUGCGGAGGAGGGAAACAGUACACAAGGUUUGGCUGCAGGAGGAAGGCUGAUGGGAAAAUGGUUCACAGGAUGUUCUGCUCCAACAUCAACAAACCUAGAGCCAUCAGCCGCACCUGCAACACCAACGCCUGCAGCUCGCCACGCUGGGUGACCGGAGAGUGGGAGGACUGCAGUGCCUCCUGUGGUCAGACAGGGUGGCAGCGUCGCUGGGUGAGCUGCCAGCAGGCGACCAGCAUGGGGCAGCAGCACCAGCACUCAGUGAACAGCAAACUCUGUGGGGAGGACCGCCCGGAUGGGAAACAAACCUGCAACCGCUUCCCUUGCCCUGCUUCCUGGCGGACUGGGCCCUGGACCCCGUGUUCAGUAUCAUGUGGAAACGGGACUCAGGAGCGUCAAGUUAAAUGUUCAAGUCCUGAGGGUUCAGCCCGAAACUGCAGUGAGCCUCGACCGAGCACAACCCGCACCUGCCAGGCCCUGCUUUGUAACGGCGACCAGAGGAACUCCAUCAUUCAGUGGCUGUCCAGGUCCAACACAAAUUUCACAGCUUCAAAUUUCAGCUCCAGGCAGCGUUGCCGUGGGGACCGCUCAAUAUUUUGCCAGAUGCAGGUGUUGAGGCGGUAUUGCUCCAACGCUGGAUACCGUCAGAUGUGCUGCAAGGCCUGCAGCAACUUCAGCGACUUCAGCAACUUCAGCAACUCUGACAACUCCAGCAGCACAAAUCUGCCGACAGCCAACAGCAGUUUGUGGAGUGUAACCACAGAGACGAUGACUUCAUUAACCACCUCCACCUGGUCUGAAAGCCGCUUCAUCAUCAGUGACAUCACUAGCACUCCCCCUCUGAGCUUCACUGUAACUCCGCCCCCAACCAGCAGGAGCAGCACUGACUUUGAGUACGUGGAGUACGACGAUUACAACGAGUAUUCGUCCUACGACGAUCCUUCUGUUGCCUCUGACACUCCGGAUAUCAUUCCCACUACAACUACAAAAACUACCACAACAAGACGUCCAAGAAAAACUGCUCCACCUCAUUUAUUCGGGAGGAAAACUACCACUCCCACAAUGCCCCUUGCUACCAUUCCCACAGUAACUACUGAAGGUCAAAGUCCAACACUGGUGCCAAUCAGGACAUCUGCCGUCCCAGAAUUCCCCACCACAGCAACAUCAGCUGAUCCUGAUGACAUCGUCACCACCGCAUUAUCACCAAACAGAACAUUAGGUGUAAGGAGCCUUCAGACUGAAGUUAGUCCGACAGAACCUGCACCAACGCCAACAUCGGCGUCAUCGUCCUCCUUCGUCCCGCUCUCUAAGAAGGAGAACAACUCAGUGGACGAGGUCCCGUACCGGAUCGUGGGUUUGGAUGGUGAUAUCACCAAGGGACAGCAGAACUACUUUGUGCCGCGGAUGCCGCCAUUUCGCGAGCGAACACAAAACAAACGCAUCCAGCAGCUCCUGAACGAGAAACGACGUCAAGAUCUUCUGAGGAGAUCCAACAGGAGCCGAGAGGGCAGGACUGACAGGAAACAUGUCGGAUUGUAAAAAUAUUUCUGUUUUAGUUUUAUUGUUCACUCGUGAUGCCGCAUGUGCAGCUUGCUCACUUCCUGCUAAUGCUAAUGAACUUGUGACGAGAAACAGACUGCGACAAAACAAACAACCAGCAGGUUCUCUCGACCUUCAGCUUCCUGUUUCCUAAAGUUUACAGUCAUAAAGCAACGUUAGCUUGAAUCUAGAAUAAAGACAAAGGUUAAUUGUGUAAGACCAGAACGUGGAAGCAUUUGCUUCAUUCUUCCCAAAUGUUUAUAGGGAGAAACUUUUUUCUGGUUUUUACAUUCAUGAUGUUUGUAUCAAAUAAUCCUAAAUAAAGUCUCAUUCAGCUGC